AUGCUCCCUCCCGAGGAAAGGAGAAGGAUUCUGAAUCGGGUCAUCCAUCAGAAUCCAUACGAUGAGCGGCCUGCUCUCUGGAUAUACCUGCUGUGGCUCUGUCUCACUACCCGCACAGGUAGCGGCAACCUCCCUGACUUCGUUGCCGCCGAGAUAGAGACCGGGUAUUCCAGCGAUUUUCUCCAACAGGGUUUCCUCGAGCUGGCAGACUACGGCCGCACCGUGCAGGCAGUUAUGCGAGGGGUCAAUGAGGAAAGAGAGCAUCGGGAUCGAGUGAACAAUAGAUUGAGCCCAAUUCAGGAACAAUCCGAUGAAGAGUGA